AUGAGAAAUGGCACCGCAAUCACAGACUUCAUUCUCCUAGGCUUUCCUGGGAUCCAAGGACUACAAACUCCUCUUUUUAUAGUAGUUUUUCUUGUCUACAUAUUAACCAUUGCCGGCAAUGGGCUCAUUAUUGUCAUAGUCUGGGCUGAGCCUAAGCUACAAAUUCCAAUGUAUUUCUUCCUUUGCAACUUGUCCUUCCUUGAGAUCUGGUACACCACCACAGUCAUCCCCAAACUGCUAGAAACCUUUGUGGUGGCAAGAGCAGUCAUUUGCAUUCCUUGCUGCUUGGUACAAGCCUUCUUCCACUUCUUCCUGGGCACUACAGAGUUCCUCAUUCUCACUGUCAUGUCUUUUGAUCGCUACAUAGCCAUCUGCAAGCCCCUCCGUUACUCCACCAUAAUGACCAGCAACCUCUGCCUGCAGCUGGCCCUCAGCGCUUGGGGAGGAGGUUUCACCAUUGUCUUCUGUCAGAUGCUACUGCUUGCCCAGCUGUCAUUCUGUGGCAACAAUGUCAUCGAUCAUUUCUAUUGUGAUGUUGGUCCCAUCUUGAAAGCAGCCUGUGCUGACACCACUCUUUUGGAGCUCCUGGGUCUCAUGGCAACCGCCUUAGUAAUCCCAGGUUCACUCUUAUUUACCAUGAUUUCUUACAUCUACAUCUUAUCUACCAUUCUACGCAUUCCUUCGGCUUCUGGACGCCAGAAGGCUUUCUCUACCUGUGCCUCUCACCUCACUGUUGUCACCCUGCUCUACGGAGCUGUUCUGUUCAUGUACCUGAGACCCUCCACACACUCCUCCUUUAAGAUUAAUAAGGUGGUAUCUGUGCUCAAUACUAUCCUUACCCCACUUCUGAAUCCCUUUAUUUACACCAUUAGAAACAAAGAGGUGAAGGGUGCCCUAAGGAAGGCAAUGACUUGUCCAAAGGCUCAUCAUCAAGAGUAA